AUGAACAGUUGGUGCUUAAUAUGCAACAAGAAAAAAGCAUUCAUCAUCACUAACCAACAUAGAUGUCAUCAAGGUAUGAUGUACGAAAUUUCCAAACGUCGAUUCAAUCAGGCUUUAGGUAGAUAAAAGGUGAUAGGAGAGUUAGAGUUUCGUCACAAUAUUAUUGAAACUAUGAGGCAUAGCAAAUAAGGAUAUAAGGUAUAUGCUUCAUUUUUUUUUUUCGCUUGCCGGACCAGUUAUGAGAUUUUAAUCACAAUGUAUGGAUUUUAAAUAAAAUAAUAGAUAUAUAACUGGCUAAUGCAGUUCAAAAUAUUUGAACGUUCUGUAUUUUAGAACUACUCGUAAAAUUAGCAGCUUAUGUUAUAAUAUGUCGAACAGUGUUUCUAUAACAAACAAGAAUCAAUAAAUUAUUAAAUGUUUAUUACAUAAAUAAUUUGAGUUUAAGCGAUUACUGCUUUGUGCUAUUAUGAUGGUUCUUCAUCAUCAGAACAAAAAGGAUUGCUUUCUAUACUUCAUGAUUUGUGAUGAAUAUCUAAUAAAAUUAGAAAGCAAAGCCGAUAUGAACCAAAUCAAAGGAAAUAGUCUCCUCCAGCUUAGUGACAGUUAGAUAUAAGUGUAGCUUAUCUGGCGCUGCUUAAUUAUGGACAUGAAUAAAUCUAAUAUUAGUACAUAACAUAAAUAAUAACACAAACUUGAGAGCUCUUCAAAAAUACUUCCAUCACACACAAUAUUAUAAUGCUAUGUUUCGCAUCUCCAUAUAAGUAGAAUCUAAAUAUAAUAAAUGUAAAAGGGAGCCAUAAAAAAAUUGUCCUUGGCUUAAGUAUCAUUACAUAAUUUGGAAAUAUACAAAAUAUACAGAGAUUUAUAUCGUUAUCUCAGAAAUUAAUAGAUGCCAAUAUCAAAAACAGUGAAUUAAUUAAGUAUAAUUACAAGUAUUUAUAAAAGUUUCGAAGUCUACGAAAUUAGCCCACUUAAUUAUGUUUAAAUUAAUUUUUCUUUUUUCCUAGAGAUUAAUUGA